AGAGGGGCGGAGAGUAACGGAAGGUUACGGUGGAAGAAGGAACUAUAUAACACAAGAGAAGAGCCAUUGCGUGCAGUCUGUACCCGUGUAAGCGAGGUCAGCGACACGAAGAGUAGUAGUGAGUGGGACGCGCGCAGCUUCUCACUCAGUCCACCGCCGCGCUGGGAGGCACACGGUACUCCACUUUGCUUCAACUCAGAGUUAACUCCUCGCUAUACCACCAGCCUAAGGCCAACAUGGGCAAGAUUAAGGAUACCCGUGAGUACAUGGGGGCCAGCGAGCUCACGCAGCUGGCCACGUGGAAGGCGGUGGCGGCGGAGGUGGUGGGCACGAUGAUGCUGACCCUCGUGGUGUGCGGCUCCUGCAUCGGAUUCACUGCCCCACCAACCAACGAACAGAUCGCCUUCGCUGUCGGCAUUAUUGUCUUCUGUAUGGUUCAGGCGCUGGGUCACGUGUCGGGAGGUCACAUCAACCCUGCGGUGACCUGCGCGAUGCUGGUUGCCCGCUACGUGUCAGUGGUUCGCGCCCUGCUCUACAUCAUGGCGCAGUGUGUUGGUGCCCUGGCCGCCUCUGCCAUCCUGAAGGGUCUCACGCCGACGGACAAGCAAGGCAGCCUGGGAAUGACGCAGCUGGGUGAGGGCGUGAACAGUGGCCAGGGCUUCGGGGUGGAGCUCCUCAUUACCUUCAUCCUCGUGCUGACGGUGUUCGGGGUGUGUGACGAGCGACGCAACGAUGUCAAGGGGGCAGGACCUCUCGCUAUCGGCCUCUCCAUCACCGCCAGCCAUCUUGGGGCACUCCCCUACACCGGCGCUGCCAUGAACCCCGCCCGCUCCUUCGGUCCUGCUGUCAUCACGGGGAUCUGGGCCAACCACUGGGUGUACUGGGCUGGUCCCAUCGCAGGAGGAAUCCUCGCCGCGCUCCUCUACACCUACGUCUUCCGAGCACCCAAGGCGGCCAGCUACGACCUCGAGAUGGACAACUACGGCAAGAGGAACACCCAACCAUGAGAUGUUGGCUGCGAGGGACGUGUAGCGGUGUGAUGGCGGCCUGUACAUUCAUGGGCGCCCUCCUGUCCCGCGUCUACGCCCACACACCCACAGAAGAGGAGGAAUAACCACUACAGAAUGCUGACAGGAAUAUUGAGACACGAGGGAAGCAUCACGUCACCAGCCCAGCCUAGAUCUUCCGCCGCCACCACCAUCGCCACCACCACCACCACCACGGGAGACACUAACAGAUCUCUUCAUCGCUUUUUUUUUUCUUUUCUAUCUGUCUCUCUUCACCUAUCCAUCCGUCUAUCUAUCUGUCAGGUCCAUAUUCUCCUUUAUUUCAGCAUCUUAUCUCAGCUAGUCUUAAGGGUUUCUCAAAGUGGAAGUUAUUAUGGCUUUCAAGAGUGUUUUCAUAAUUUCAUUAAUCUGUCUAUCUAUUUAUGCAUCAGAUCCGUAUUCUUACCAAUUUUAGCGUCUUAUCUAAACAACAGUCGAGUUAGUAAGAUUCCCAAAGGAGUUUUCGCAAUUCUAAUGGUAGUUUAGUAAGUUAAUAAGGAUUCUACACCAUGAAUGUGAAAACACCCUUGAGAACCACCAGGCGAAUAAUCUUCGUGGCCUUUGAAGACAAUCCUGAUGAGAGAACAAACUUUAGAUGACUCUUUCACUGUUUUGACUGUCUUUUCUUAGCACUUAGAUCACUGUAAGAACUAUUUGGAAGAGGGAAGUCACAGGUCGUUAAAGAAAAGAAAGAAAAGAAAAGAAACAUAUAUUCAUGAAAAUUUUCUUCAUCACACACUUUCACACACACACACACACACACACACACAGAGAGAGAGAGAGAGAGAGAGAGAGAGAGAGAGAGAGAGAGAGAGAGAGAGAGAGAGAGAGAGAGAGAAUGUAUCAUAUUUUCUUAUUCAUGCGAGCUUCUCUUUUUUUUCUUUCUUCUUCCAUUCGGUCUUUAUUUUUUGGCUCCAUGUAAUAUCGUGAUGUGUAACAAAUGCUUUUCCUCGUCCCUGGGUGAGUGGGGAGCAGCUUCAAGGGCACACAGGAAGUGAUCGUGUGCAGGUCAAGCGUGACAAGAUUAGUUUGCCCCUCGAAUGUUUUCACCCGUCAUGCGUUUUCUAUUCUUUUUUUUUUUUUUCGGCAUAAUAAUCGAACGUGGUGUUAAAUUUUAAGUAUAGAUUUCAUCCUCAUCCCUGUUAUUAUUAUUAUUAUUAUUAUUAUUAUUAUUAUUAUUAUUACUAUUUAUGCUAUUAAUUCACCUAUCUAUCACUUAUUUGAAUUUUCUGUCCGCUUCCACUUAUAUUAUUUUUACAUUCUGAAAGUUUAGAAGGUGUGACAAUUAUUGCUAUAAUCAGUAUUUAUCGAAACUACUGUUAAUAUUUUCCGACUUUAUUACUUAUUCAAAAUUCUCUUCCACGCCUUUCUAAACACCCCCUAUAAAAUUGCGAGUUCAAAGUCUACGAUAAUUACCGAUCUCACCCAAGGAAAAGUGGUCGUACGAGUCAACUAAACUUUCGUACUUCAGAUACAGUUUAUUUUCCUGUCUAUUUUUUGGUGAAUUAGAACAACCUGAAGCAGUAAUGAUGUAGAAAUGAUGCCACAAAUUUCAAUAGCUUUCAUUCACGAGACACUAUAAUCGUUCUCUUUAAAUUUCAUUCAUCAUUGUUUUGAAAUUCGUGUCAUCAAUUCUUGUCACUCAUUAUUACCUACCUUAAACCUUCAAUGUUAAUUCAUACAACUCACGAUCACAGUUCCCUGGCCGAGUCAGGAACACCUUUACUGAUUUCAAUAAUACUGUACCUUAUCUUCUCGUUUCUAGUCUUAAGUUUACCAAGGCACGACCUGAACCUAUUAUUAUCAUUAUUAUUACAUGUGCUAUCCUAUGUAUUACCGCUAUGUAAUGUAAGCCUUAUGCCUGCUAAUGACAAUACGACACUUAUUUUAUCACUUAAGUAACCCUACAUGGUUAUACUGAUGAAAAAUAAAAGUAUAUGCAAUUAAA